AAUAUUUGAAUUUAAACAUCUAUUUUUGGCUUCUCUGUAUUAUGAAUGCUGGUGGAAUCUUUGAUCCCGUCUCUGUAGGAAAUUCAAAUGGACUAGAACGAAAAUCUCCUUAUUGUAACGAUUAUGAUUGUCCAUCAUUCACUUUGAUAUGUAAAGUAAAAGAAUUCGAAGUUAGGAGGUACGAAUCUAGUACCUGGGCUUAUAGCGAAGCAGAGGCUCUCAGCAAAAUUACUGCUAUCACUACCGCAUUCAACAAAAACUACCGAUACAUCUCCGGGAAUAAUGAAGAAAAUUUAACAAUCCCCAUGAGCCUUCCGGUUUUAGUCCGGGAAAGAUUACCGUAUAAUAAUUGGUUUGCGAAAAAAUCAUACAGAGUGUUACUCUAUUUGCCUAAACAUGCGCCUACUCCUUCUAACCACGAAGUUAAAAUUGCAAAAUUAGAGUCUAAAACAUUUUACGUGUAUUACUAUGUGGGAUCCUUAUGGUCAUGGUAUUAUAAUCAUAAUAAUUUCGAAGUUUUGAACGCCUUCUUACAAGAGAACGGAAUUGAUCAACCCUCGGAAUAUUACGUAGCCGGUUAUGACAAUCAAUCGAAGUUAUUGAAUAGACCUAACGAAAUAUGGGUAGAAGCUCCGAAAUCCCAUGAAAUAUCGAAAAUAUGUUCUCAAGAUUAAUUUUAAACAAAUUCUAAUAAGACAAUAUUAAAA